AUGGCUUAUAAAGCUUUUCUUUUCUUAAGUCUCAUUGUUGUUCUUCUCAUCGCCUCUGAGGUAGCAGCCAGGGACGUCGCUGAAAAGUCAUCAGAAGAUAAGAACAAUGAGAAAGAAGAGGGAAUGCAAACUGAUCAGUAUGGACGGUAUCCAGGAGGAGGAUACGGAGGAAACCAAGGUGGUGGAUAUGGUGGAAACCAAGGUGGAGGAUACGGUGGAAAUCGUGGUGGAGGAUAUGGUGGAAACCAAGGUGGAGGAUACGGUGGAAAUCGUGGUGGAGGAUACGGUGGAAACCGUGGUGGUGGAUAUGGUGGAAACCGUGGUGGUGGAUAUGGAGGACGUGGAGGAGGAUACUGUCGCUACGGCUGCUGCUACAGAGGCUACGGUGGCUGUUCGAGGUGCUGUGCUUAUGCUGGUGAAGCUGUUCAAACUGAGCCUGCUCACUAA